AUGGAUCUCGUUGAGAAACCACCGGUUAUAAUAUAUACCAAAAAUCAGAAGAAGAGGUUGAGGAAAAAGGAGAGAAAGAUCAAAGACAAGGAUGCCUCUGUGUUAGUAACCGCCCAAGGUGGUUUACCAGUUGACAAAAUUGCUGAGGAAAGCAUGAAGAAGCAACCCUCCGGAUGUAGCUCCAUGACAACCGCUCAAAUCGAGGCGAAGUUUCAUAGUUUUCUGGAGAAGAUCUGUGAGGAUGCAAAGGGAUUGAAUUAUCACCAGGUAGGAUUGCUUAUGGCGGUCAUGGCUCAAAUGCGUGAAUCUGUUGAUGAAGUCUUUGCACGCAAACUUGCAGAAUUUGAUGACGACGAAUUGCAACUUGAACAGAAAGGCAAAGGUCAGGAGAGAAAGAUGAAGGAGCAGCAAGCCUAUGCACAAGCACAAGCUGGAGAUCUAUCUAAUACUGAAGCUGUGUUAAUGGAAAGAGAAAAGGCUGAGUUAAGGGAAGCUGAGAAGGUUUAUUUUCAAAGGAAAGAAGUGAAAUUAGAAGAAGAGCUUGAGAAAGCAAGACGCCAAGCUAAAUUAGAAGAGAGUAAGAGANUNAAAUUAGAAGAAGAGCUUGAGAAAGAGAAGCAGAAACUUUUCUCUGGAGACAAGGAGAAGCAGGAAGCCUCUGGAGAGAAGCAGAAACCUUCCUCUGGAGAGAAGCCAACAAUCAAUGAAUUGUUGGCGAAGUUUCAUAGUUGUGUGGAGAAGAUCCAUGUGGGUGUAGAGAAAUUGAGUCCUCGUGAUCGAAGAUUGAUUCUUUUAGCCGAAAAUGGAUUGCGUUACAAGUUUGAGCAAGCCAAAGCAUGCGCAAUUGCAAGAUAUGAUGCACCUGACGGAUCUUGA